CGAAAUGAGGCUGGUGAUUUGUCAGUCGGUAAACAAAGAUCUGAAACCAAGCUUAAGGAAACAGCUGGAAGUGUUUCUGCUGCAGUUAAUUCAUCACAACACAAAAUUUUCCGCUCGCGGGUUUUUCCAGAUCCACAACGAGACCCUCACAUCGAUGGCUGGAGCGGUGACAACUUACCUGGUGAUACUGAUCCAGUUCCAGACAGAGCGACAAACUACCUAGACUAGGGAAACGGUUUUCUGGUAUUAAGCUUUGUACAAGAUGUUACACAGAGUCACUUAUAUUACAUAUUCUAC